AUGGACCAGACAUUCAACGGGUCCAACCCUGCGGUCCACACCAUCACGGCUAAGAACCCCAAGGCCGCUGCGGCCAUGGCCAACGACAUGAACAUUGUCCGCAGAAAGCUUACCGGCUAUGUUGGUUUCGCCAACCUGCCCAACCAGUGGCACCGCAAGAGUGUGCGCAAGGGAUUCAACUUCAACGUCAUGGUUGUUGGCGAGUCUGGACUCGGAAAGUCUACCCUUGUAAACACACUGUUCAACACGUCGCUGUACCCGCCCAAGGAACGCCAGCCCCCGAGUCUGGACAUUUCCAAGACUGUAUCGAUCCAGUCCAUCAGCGCCGACAUUGAGGAGAACGGCGUUCGUCUGAGGUUAACCGUUGUCGAUACACCUGGCUUUGGCGACUUCAUCAACAACGAUGAGUCCUGGGACCCCAUUGUCAAGAACAUUGAGCAACGGUUCGACGCAUACCUGGAUGCCGAGAACAAGGUCAACCGCAUGAACAUUGUUGACAACCGCAUUCACGCCGUCGUCUACUUUAUUCAGCCUACGGGCCACUCUCUGAAGCCCAUUGACAUUGAGGUGAUGAAGAAGCUCCACACCAAGGUCAACCUGAUUCCCGUCAUUGCCAAGGCCGACACCGUUACGGACGAUGAGAUUGACAACUACAAGAAGAGGAUUCUUGCCGACAUUGCGUACCACAAGAUCCAGAUCUUCGAAGGACCCCGGUAUGAGCUUGACGACGAGGAGACGAUUGCCGAGAACCAGGAGAUCAUGGCCAAGGUUCCCUUUGCUGUUGUCGGCUCCAACACCGAGGUGACGACGGUUGACGGCCGCAAGGUCCGCGGACGCGCACUCCCCUGGGGUGUGGUCGAGGUUGACAACGAGGAGCACUGCGACUUUGUCAAGCUCCGACAGAUGCUCAUCCGCACCCACAUGGAGGAGCUCAAGGAAAACACCAACAAUGUCUUGUACGAGAACUACCGCUCGGACAAGCUUGCACAGAUGGGCAUCCAACAGGACUCGAGCGUGUUCAAGGAGGUCAACCCUGCUGUCAAGCAAGAGGAGGAGCGCUCGCUGCACGAGGCCAAGCUCCAGAAGAUGGAGAUGGAGAUGAAGAUGGUGUUCCAGCAAAAGGUGCAGGAAAAAGAAAGCAAGCUGCGCCAGAGCGAGGAAGAGCUGUACGCCCGUCACAAGGAGAUGAAGGACCAGCUGGACCGACAACGACAGGAGCUCGAAGAGAAGAAGGCACGCAUCGAGUCUGGCCGGCCGAUCGAAGAGAAGGGCAAGCGAAAGGGCUUCUCGCUCCGCUAAGCGCCGAGACGCAGGUGGGCGGACGGGUAGGCCUCUUCCGCUCUGGACACAUCAUGCCGCAGCCUUUGGCCUUAGCCUCAGCCUUGCCCCUGGCCUUCUCACUUCUCUACACCACGUUACCAGACCUUGUUUAAUAUAAUGCGGCCGACGAUACCACUGGGUGCUAUCGGUAAACGGGACAAUGCACAGCGGUGCGACGCUUGGCACCGCGCAUGCCAGUGUCACGUCUUGGUGCAGUUGUCCGGAUUGUUGAUUGAUACCAACGUCUUUGCGCUCCUUCCGAUUCCCUUGUUUCUUUUUCUUGGCAUUUUCCUAUUUUUUAGUAUUCGGCAGAUGUAGUUCGGAGCGAGGAGUGUCGGACAUGUUCUUUUCAUGUAUUCUACAGACCAGCACACUAGGCAAUUUCAUUUGUGGGUAAAA